AUGAAGUACAUCAAAGUUUGUGGGAAAACGCGCCCCGGGAAAAAGUUCCCGGGUCCUGGGACAACAAGCAUGGAGCGAACAAGCAGCGUCAGAAGAAAGGCCAUAGCGAGGCAACACAAGACCGAGGUCAUGAUUGCAGGAGAGCAGCUCAGGUUGAGACUUCACGAUGGAAAACUGAUCAAGGAUCGACGGUACCACCUGCGCACCUAUCCGAACUGCUUUGUGGCACAGGAGCUCAUCGAUUGGCUGGUGAGCCACAAGGAGGCUUUGGAUCGAGCAACGGCCGUUUGUCUCAUGCAGCACCUCAUGGACCACGACAUUGUCCAUCAUGUCUGUGACAAGAGGCCUGAUUUCAAGGACGCCAAACUGCUGUAUCGUUUUCGCAAGGAUGACGGCACAUUUCCCUUCAACACAGAGGUGAAAAUCUUCAUGCGAGGACAAAGGCUGUAUGAAAAUCUUAUAGCAGACAAGAACUCAAUCCUGCAGCUGAGAGAGGAGCAUGGGGUCUCAUAUAAGCGCUCGUUUCCGGGCUACCAGCUGAUUGACUGGCUCCUUCAGAACGGAGAAGUAGAGAGCAGACGCCAGGGAGUGGACUUGUGUCGGGCGUUGCAGGAGCAUGGCAUCAUUCAACACGUGACGAAGAAGCACGACUUCUUCGACAGUGGGCUCCUCUAUCAGUUUUGCAUCAAUUUCCGCCGCCGCCGCCGCCUAUCUGAACUCCUGAAUGAAAGGGAGCAGGAUAUUGAUGGGACGUCUACACAAGAGGAAAACAAUCUCGAUAGUCCAUUUUUUCUACGCAAAGACUCCAUCCAGGAGCAUAACAGUCCUUUUGAUUCUGUGGGGUCAAGUAAAGACAUAAAACAGAUUACAGGUAGCCGGCGAUCCAGCUUGAACGUGGUCCAUCUCCAUUCUGGUGGAUUUCAAACGCUUGUUCAACUCCCUUCAAACUCAAUCGUGAGAUCCAAUCCUAAAUUAGUUUUAAAAAGACAUGUAACAUGUGAAGAGUUGUUUGCCCCCGGAGCACCGUUCAUCAAGAAAGUGCUGACGGUGAUCGGGGAUGCCCUGGGCUGGGGCAUUGUUGUCAGAGGCAGGGCCCCCUGUUAUGUGCAAGCUGUGGAUCCUGGGAGCCCUGCAGCGGUUGCUGGAGUUAAGAUACGACAGUUUGUGUGCCAGGUGAAUGGAAGGUGUGUUCUUUACCUGGACUACAAGACAGUGACCAGACUGGUGAUGACUGGACCUCGUGUUGUUGUGCUGGAAGUUAUGGAGCAACUGGAAUAAAAACAACAACAGCAAUAAUGAUAAUAAUAUAUAUUUUAUAUAUAUAUAUAUAUUCUUCAAAAUUAAUGUGCAACAUUUUGUCAUUUAAACUGUGAAGCAAUACAUAAAAAUCGUUGGAGAACAUUGUGAGCCAAAAAAACAAAAUGCAAUUUCCUUCUUCUUGAAAAACCCUGAGCUAAUAAAAGCUG